AUGCUGCGGUUCCUGCGCCGGACCUUUGGCCGCCGCUCCAUGCAGCGCUACGCGCGGGGCGCGGCGGGGCGCGGGGCCGCCGGGCUGGGGGACGAGCGUGACGGGGGGCCGCGGGGGGGCCCGGCCGCCGUCGCCGCCGCCGCCGCCUCCUCCUCCUCCUCCUCGACGCUGCCCGCCGCGCCGGGGGGCAGCGUGUUCCCGGCCGGCGGCGGGCCCCUGCUCACGGGCGGCGCGGCCGUGCACAUCGCCGCCGCCGGCGCUGCCAAGGCCACCCUGUCCUGCCGCGUCUUCCUGCUCGACGGGACCGAAGUGAGCGUGGACCUGCCGAAACAUGCCAAAGGCCAGGAUCUGUUUGAUCAGAUUGUGUACCACUUGGACCUCGUGGAAACAGAUUACUUUGGCCUCCAGUUCCUCGACUCUUCCCAGGUUGCUCACUGGCUGGAUCAUUCCAAACCCAUAAAGAAGCAGAUGAAAAUCGGACCUGCUUAUGCUUUGCACUUUCGAGUUAAAUAUUAUUCUUCAGAGCCGAACAACCUUCGUGAGGAGUUUACAAGGUACCUGUUUGUUUUACAACUCAGGCAUGACAUUCUUUCAGGAAAAUUGAAAUGCCCCUAUGAAACGGCUGUGGAAUUAGCUGCUCUCUGUCUACAAGCGGAGCUGGGGGAGUGCGAGCUUCCAGAACACACGCCAGAGCUUGUGUCUGAGUUUCGGUUCAUUCCAAAUCAGACAGAAGCGAUGGAAUUUGAUAUCUUCCAGAGAUGGAAAGAGUGCAGGGGAAAGAGCCCUGCCCAGGCGGAACUGUCCUAUCUGAAUAAAGCGAAGUGGCUGGAAAUGUAUGGGGUAGACAUGCACGUUGUCAGGGGAAGAGAUGGCUGUGAAUAUUCUCUUGGACUGACCCCGACAGGCAUAUUAAUCUUUGAAGGAGCUAACAAAAUAGGCUUAUUCUUUUGGCCUAAAAUUACCAAAAUGGAUUUUAAAAAGAGCAAAUUGACACUGGUGGUGGUAGAGGAUGAUGAUCAGGGACGGGAACAGGAGCACACGUUCGUAUUCCGGCUGGACAGCGCCAGAACCUGCAAGCAUCUCUGGAAGUGCGCAGUGGAGCAUCACGCCUUCUUCCGACUGAGGACGCCAGGAAAUAGCAAAUCGAACAGAUCAGACUUUAUCCGGCUGGGGUCUCGCUUCAGAUUCAGCGGGCGGACAGAGUAUCAAGCCACACAUGGCACCAGGUUGCGAAGAACCAGCACCUUCGAGCGGAAGCCUAGUAAACGCUAUCCAUCCCGGAGACAUUCGACAUUCAAAGCAAGCAAUCCGGUGAUAGCGGCUCAGUUCUGCUCUAAAACAAAUCCCGAAGUCCAUAAUUACCAGCCUCAGUACCAUCCCAAUAUCCACCCCAGCCAGCCUCGGUGGCACCCUCACUCUCCAAAUGUAAGCUACCCGCUCCCUUCCCCAGGGCUCAGCAGCUCAGACCGGCUGCCUUUCGGCAUCGAGGAGAACGGGGGCCCUACCCGCGCCUCAGCCAGGCACCACCACCACCAGCACCACCACCAGCACCAGCACCAGCACCACCCAAACUAUGGCCUCUCGCUGACUCUGGAGAACAAGGAGGGGCCUUCCAGGUCUCCAAACUCCAGCAGUAAAUCCCUGACAAAACUGAGUCCAGGACCGCCUGCCCUGUUCAGCGAAGCUGCUGCCCAUCUAAAGAAGCUGGAACUGGAGACGGUGAAAGCUGCCGGACCCUGGCCUGCUCUGCACAUCAACAUAAAUAAGGCUGAAGAAAAAAAAGUUUCCGAGAAGACUCUUCAGACCCCUCUUUUGCCUUCCCCCAUAGCCGACCACGUGAAGUGUAACAUUUUGAAAGCCCAGCUGGAGAACGCAUCGCGAGUGAGUGCCCAGGUUGGAAAAGAGGAAUCAACGUUUGUAAAUAUCAGUAAGAAAUCCAGUCUUCAGGAUGCUAAUGUAAGAAGUCCUAUUCCUAUACGUGUGGAAACUACCCAACCAGCAGUGGAAAAGCCGGAAAUCAAGCCUCCCCGAGUGAGGAAGUUAACAAGACAAUACAGUUUUGAUGAAGAUGACCUCCCUCCUGACCUGGCCGAGGCAGUAGGAGCGCCCAUCGCCACAGCCACAAACACCACCAUGGCUGCCAUGCAAGUCUCCGUGCCGCCGGUGUCCCCCAAGGGCCACAAACUCAGCUCGCCUCAGAACUCAGAAGGCAAGGGCCAGCUGUCCCCAGGGGCCAAGAGUCCCUCUGACCGAGGAGGUGCCUUUACCUUGGAGCCAGGCGAUCUCCUGAUGGACUUCACAGAAGCUACUCCUCUGGCAGAGCCCGCCAGCGCCCCCCACUGUGCCCACUCUCGCUGUUCUCCUCCACUCUCUCCCCCCAUGAAGGAAGAGACCACUGGAGUUUGCAUGCACCCUCCAAUCAAAACGAGGCUGAUAAAAACAUUCCCGGUUGAUCCAGUGACCCCAUUUCCUGAUGCUUUCAAUUCAGGGCCACAGUUCACCGCGGACUUUAGAGACAGUAAAUUGCCGUGCUGUCCUGGCCAGUCUUCCCCACUGAUUCCAGCAGUGACCCUGCGGCCUUUGACAGAGACCAUCUCCACAGUGCAGACCAUCUACACCACUCGGAAACCUGUUUCUCUGGCAGCCAGUGCAGAGACGCUCCGGCAGGAACUGGAGAGAGAAAAAAUGAUGAAAAGACUGUUGAUGACCGAACUGUGA